GGAGGGAACGCAAGAACAAAGCCAAGUGACCCCCCAUUUCAAAAACUAGUUUGUUGCCGAUGGGAGCGUUUUUUGUUUUUUUUGCACGGGUGAGAGAGAGAGUGUAAUUUUGAGCGUAUAUGUUGGUACCUUUAGCCUCUCUGGUUUCUUGCAUGGUGUUAAAUUACCCAGAGGGAGCUUUAAUAGAGGUAGAGACACUCUUGAUUGGGAGUUUGGAUGGGGGAGAGUGAAGGGAAUGAGGGUGAGCAGAGCAAAGCCGUUAGGCAGGACAGAAAGGACGCAAAAACUUCUUCAGAGCUGGGGACACGGAUUCUCUAAAGGGCUGAAUUCAGAAGGAGCAAACAGCAGCCUGAAUGGUAACCUAACUAGAAGGAGGAAAGCCCUGCGGGAUAUUCAGUGUGGCGCCAGGUGAGGCGUCCCCUCUGUUUCCUGAACUGGGCGGCAGGUUUUAGUGUGGCUGACGACUAAGCAGGCGAUGGAGGUUCCACUGGUUAAUUUUGAAAACAUGGAUGACGUUGGCAUCAACCUGGGUGAUCCCAGUGAUUCUGGUUACCCCACCUCACCUACUUCAGAAGCUCCAGAUCAGAACCUCCUAGCCCACCGCUUGAGUUCCCCUCCCCAGUCGCCACGCAGAGGACGCCGCGGGCAUCACUCCGCCCAAGAUGGGCUGUCACCUUCCACUCCUCCCACACUGACCUCCAAGGCACACUCCAGCAGUGGCAGUUUGAUUUCUAAUCUGAAGCUCCUGAUCAACAGUGAGUCUCCCACUGACAGCGUCUUCAGCAAGAUGCCAAAGGACUAUUAUGAGAAUGAAGAUCUUUUUGAAAAGCACUACAUGGAAGACAAAGAUGAAAGAGUUGUCAUUAAUAUUUCAGGCCUGAUGUUUGAAACCCAGCUCAGCACCCUCAAUAAGUUUCCAGAGACACUGCUAGGUGACCCCACGAAGAGGAUAAAUUACUUCGACCCAAUGAAGAAUGAGUAUUUUUUUGACAGAAACCGCCCAUCGUUUGAUGGGAUUCUCUACUACUAUCAGUCUGGAGGGAGACUCCGCAGACCAGCCAACGUUCCCUUAGAUAUUUUUGCUAAUGAAAUAGUUUUCUAUGAGUUGGGUCAUGAGGCAAUGGAGCAGUUCCGUGAGGAUGAAGGGUUUACCAAAGAACCUGAAGUCCUUUUGCCUACCAAUGAACUGAAACGGCAGUUCUGGCUCCUGUUUGAAUACCCAGAGAGCUCCAGUGCGGCCAGAGCUUUGGCUGUGGUCUCUGUAUUGGUCAUCGUCAUUUCUAUCUUCAUCUUCUGCUUAGAGACUCUGCCCGAGUUCAGAGAGGAGAAGGACUUCCCAUCAGGUAUAAUCCAAACGAUAAACGGCACCCAAGGCAGCUCCACCCAUCAUUCCAACGUAGUGGCAUACAUCACGGAUCCAUUUUUCAUCGUGGAGACUAUUUGUAUCAUUUGGUUCUGCUUUGAAGUUGGUGUCCGAUUCGUAGUGUGUCCCAGCAAAAGUGACUUCUUUAAUAACAUCAUGAACAUCAUUGACAUUGUGUCUAUAAUCCCCUACUUUGUAACACUGGGAACUGAGUUGGGCACCACACCGGACGAUGAUCCAAACUCAGGUCAGAACAUGUCCUUAGCAACCCUGAGAAUCAUCCGGCUGGUGAGAGUUUUCAGAAUCUUUAAGCUUUCUCGACACUCCAAGGGUCUUCAGAUUCUGGGACAGACCCUGAAAGCCAGCAUGAGGGAACUUGGGCUGCUGAUCUUUUUCCUUUUCAUCGGAGUCAUCCUCUUCUCAAGUGCCAUCUACUUUGCUGAAGUGGAUGAGCCCCAGACGCAGUUCGUUAGCAUCCCGGAUGGUUUCUGGUGGGCUGUGGUUUCAAUGACUACCGUUGGUUAUGGCGACAUGUGCCCUAUCACAAUGGGAGGUAAAAUGGUAGGUACUCUAUGUGCCAUUGCUGGUGUCCUAACCAUUGCCUUGCCUGUUCCCGUCAUCGUCUCCAACUUUAACUAUUUUUACCACCGGGAGACCGAGCAGCAGGAAAAACAAGUGAUUGAUGCAGCAGCAGAGGCUGCUCAGAAACAGUCAGCUGCUAACAAGUACGGAAGCACAUUAUCACUAAACAAAAGUAACGGAACAUGGCAGAAUGACAAAAAUGGCAUCCACUGAUGGAAAAGGUGAGGGAUCUGUAAAUGUUUCAGGCACAAAACCCACACAAUGAAUAUGUCUAUUAGCUUUCUAGCUAUUUUUUAUACUUCAAACAUGGCACCAUUUGCAGUUAUUUACAGUAUUAAUAUGCACUGUGCAGUGAGACAGCCUCUGCACACGUGCCUGUCUGGAAGUAGAUGUGUCAAAGUGCAAUUAACACAUCAUAGCAACUACACUGUCUGUUGAGUUUAAAGAGAUCGAAAGCAAUGUCUGAAGAAAGAUGUCAUUGGGUCUGUUUGCCUUGUAGAUUAAAAUACUGUUAAUAUUUGAAAGGCAGCUUGGGUUUUAAACUGUGCAUGGUCCAUAUGAGAAUAUUUUUGCCCCAUUGAAAAUUAAAAAUCAAAAAUGUUUUGAUCUCAUAAUGGACGGACUACACUUUGUCAUAAUCAGCACACUUAUGACAGGCCUGACUGUUCAAGGGCAGGCAAACGUGUGCUGUGUAAGCUAAGAGGGCAUUGGCGCACAUUGUCUUAUCAGCAAAUCUAUAGCUGUGAAUGCUCUGCCAGCAUCACCUCUCCAUGUGACGCAGUGUAACCGUAUCUGUGUGAAAUUAGAUAAUAGCUGGCGCAGUAGCAUGCCUGCCAGUAGGCUUCUACUGUAGAUCGACUGCAGUGUAUAAAACUAGCUUGGUUAAUGUAGACUGUCGUGCAUGUACCCAUAGUGAUUAAGAUCGGGGGGUUUUAGUAACAGUUUACAUAAAUUAACUCAACUAAUUCUGUUAUCAUAGCAGCAGUUGAGUUCACUUUAUUUUGGCUCUUAGGAUUGACACAUUUUACAUGCUUACGUCUGCAAAUCAGCAUAAAACCCCAAGCUAAUACAAUCAGACCUUUUUUUAACUGUCCAUUCCAAAUUGAAGAAUCGGUGCUAUAAAUGAAUCAUGCUAUCACUUUUAUUAUAUGCAAAGUCACCUUAUCAGCACAUGUUUGUUAAAACAUGUCUCUGCAGCACUUUUUGAGCUUUGAACCAUCUCUUCUUGGCAGGGGAACUUUGUUAAUUUUGAAAAUGUGAGCAAUAAUGCAGUAAUGAAGAUAAAAAAUAAAAAAGCCCUCCAUUUGCCUUAUUUCCCCUUAUGUAUUUUGCACGGCGCAAUGGGCCGAAAUGAGAUAUACCUCUCUCAUCAGCAAUGAAAGUCUUAUAUGUGUAUGUUUAGGUUGAAUGUAUUACAGUUUUUUAACUAUUUAGAUUGUGACUUUCAAAUGGCAGGGACAGCCAGGAUGUAUGGGGUUCCUGAUGUGACAUAAGGUUAUUCACUUAUCAUGGGAAAAAAAUGAAUUGACACCAUUUAUGCAUGCCACACUCUCUAUACAUGUGCGUGUAUUAUCCAUAUUAAUAUGGCUUGUACUGAAAUGUCAAUGGAUGCCUUUAUAAUACUCCUACAGUAUGCAAUAUGGUGAUAUAUGAUUGAACAUUAAAGUAUUGUAUUCUUGAAACACAAAAAAAGCAAUAUUUUCAAUUAAAAUAUAAUGCAAUAAGGUGGUCACUUUGGUAACCAGCACUUUACUUUGUUAAGAACAGUUAUAUGUGAGGACUGUUGCUGUAUGUGUCAACUUUGUACAGUAGACAGUGUCAUAAUUUGCUAUGUUUUAUUUACCCUGCAAAGAGUGCCUUUCAUUAAACGUAUAUCUAGAAUAUGUUGUUUCCCUCGUAUUACUUCAUGGUGAUAAAUUGAAGCUGGUUUAAAAGUUGUAAUUUGUGCAACUCAUGAAGACAAACUGAAAGUAAUUUGUCUAUAACUUGCAAUAUUGCUAAUUUUCCACACAUUUUAAGCUCGUUUCUCCUGUGCUCAGCUCUGCCGCUUAGUUGUAACUCCGCCCCUUGUGUUUGCAUAAAGCUGUGGCAAAUGGAGAUUGUGGUGUCAGUGUUUGGUUUUAGGGCUCAGUUACACGUCGGCUGUUUUUUAACACCUUCUCAAAGCUAUUUUCUAUGAUUUUAUGAUUAAAAGUUUGCUUGUGAUGCCUCCCACGUCACAUAAAAUUAUGUUUGUUUUC